AUGGCAAGUGAUCGGCACCUCGAAGAUACAUUUAGGCGUCGCAAGGAGCAGUUACCGGCUGUGUCUUUGGAAGGAGUAGUUCUGUCUGACAGUUUGCGGACACCCCCAUCAGCGACCACAAAGAGAACCACCACUCAUGCGUCUGGGAAAUUCAACAGACAAAGCACCAAACCACCGACACUUUCGUGGUUGUUCCCCAGUGGAGACGGUAUUGGGAACAAUCCUGGAGCCACGUCACUGUCAUCCGAUUCUGUAGACGCAGACGAAUACAAUACGCCGACCAAGUUACACCGCGCCGUUUCCCCCAAUGCAGACUCUACGUUACCAAUUGGACAUGACCAGCCACCACCGUACAAUUACCACCCCUUCAGGGACAAAACACUGAUUCGUGGAAGUACAUUGGCCAAUUUACUACAAACUGAGAGAGCUGAGCACUGCCUAGUGUUCCAUAGAGUUGCAGAUCAUUUACUAGAUUUCAGGCCUGAUUUGGAGUUGGAUUGUGGAGAUGAAACUGGUCAUUGUCAACCACAGGGGGGACAGACUAUUCUAAUUAGUUACAGUGGGAUGGACUCCCCAACGCGGAGCUUCGAAAACGGUCUGAGUGACACACCGAGGAGGUCCCGGAUCAUGAAGGGCGUGACGAAGUCCCCGAAACACCGUGACGUUCUUCGGUCCAACGGUAACUCGAUAGAUAACUCACCAUCUCACAUAUACAGCAACACCAAAUCGGAACUGGCACGCUUCUGGGACCAAUCACCUCUCAUUGAUGACCUCGACGCAGACUUACUGCAAGAUUUAAAGGCAUUGGUCCCGCAAGAGUUGGCCCAACUUGCUGAAAUGAGGUCUGAGCUUGCCCUCAAAGUACCGCCAGAGCUGAGUCUCCGCGACAGAUGCCGACAACGGUACGAUACGACCGGUGAGUCGUGA